GAAUUUCCGGAAUUGACGGAAAUUGCCGAACUUACCCUAGCAACGCAACGUAAACAGACAAAAUGGCGAGCACACAGGACGACGGAGAUAAACCAAAAAGUAAACGGUUAUUUGUUAACCAAGUGGACCAGUAUCAAGGCAGAAAUUUAUCAAAGUAUUUAUCCCGUUGUGUUGUUGGAGCGUCUCUUGAAGAGCCAGAGGAAGAAGAUGAUGCCAAGUCCACAGACAGUAUUAUUCCUGCACCAAAAGAAGGGUGUUACGAGAUUGUUGGUACAACCAAGGAGAAGGGAACUGUAAACAAACCAGAUUAUGUGAAAGAACUUGUAAAUUUUGAGAAUAAAGAUCAGCUGUAUGAAUUCCUGGUGGAGUGUGAUGUGAUUGUGUAUGACAUCACUGAGGACCCUGAUCAGAUUGAUGAAGCUGUAUGGGCAGUGUCAGAACUUCAUUCUGACCUUGACAAGAUUGAGAAACCCAAAAUGUUUAUCCUCAUCUCAUCUGUGAUGACCUGGGCUAAGAGCAAGCCAUUGGAUCCUGAUGAUCCGGAGAUCCCGUUCACAGAGGAUGAUUAUAGGAGAAGAAAACCUCACCCUAACUUCAAGGAACACAUCAGUGCGGAGAAAACUGUCAUCAAGCUCGGAAAAACUAACAAAAGCAAGUUGGUAACAUAUGUGGUGGCUUCUGGUCUCACCUACGGUGCUGAAGAACAAAUCUUCCACUAUCUCUUCAAGUCUGCCUGGCAUAAUGCCCCGGAGCUGUUGUGCUUUGGAAAUGGACAGAAUGUUGUACCAUCUAUUCACAUCAAAGAUCUUGCUGCUGUGAUUCAGAAUAUUGCUGACAGUAGACCUAAGGUUCGAUAUUUGAUUGCAAAGGAUGACUCCAACAAUACUCUAGAGGAGAUUGUGAAGUGUGUUAGUGCAAGCCUUGGUACAGAUAGGGUCAAGAGCAUUACAAAAGAAGAGGCCCUCCUCAAUAAGGAGAUAGAGCAAAAUGAUUUUGACAUGCUGCUUGUGAACCUGCGUAUGGAUGCUGUAAAUGUUAAAGAGAACAUGAGGAUCAGCUGGGUGUCUGAAGCUGGUAUGGUGGAAAAUAUAAAAGAUAUCAUCAAGGAAUAUAAGGAUACCAGAAAUCUGCAUCCACUGAGAGUAUGUGUCCUUGGACCACCAGCAAGUGGGAAGUCGACAGUAGUGAAAGAGCUGUGUGAGUACUAUAAACUACAUCACAUCAAGAUCAAGGAUGUUAUAGAUGAAGCCAUGGAGAACCUGACGACAACAUCUCGGCGUGCUGAUUCAGAAGACCAAGAGGAGGAUGAAGGAAAAGCUCAAGAUGCCCAGGAACUCCUUGACGCCAUCAACGAGGGCAAGGAAAGUAAUAAUGGCCGUAUUGAAGACACUUACGUACUCAAGUUUUUCAGAGAUAAACUCCUGUCAAUGCCUUGUCAGAACCAAGGAUUUAUUUUGGAUGGAUUUCCAAAAACUAUUGAGCAAGCAAAGGAACUUUUUAUAGCUGAAGACGAUGAUGAACCUGAAGAGUCAGCUAAGGCAUCAAACUAUAACAAACUGAUUAUGCCUGAUGAGGUCAUUAGUCUCAAAGCCAAUGAUGAGUUCCUGAAACAACGUGUAAUGAAUCUGCCAGAGAGUGAGGUGGUUAAUACACACAACACAGAGGAGGGACUUAUGCGCAGACUUGAGGCGUUCAGGAAUGCUAAUACAGAGGAAGAUACUGUUCUUAAUUAUUUUGAUGAGCUGGAGAUUCAUCCUGAAGAGAUUGAUGUUACAAAAGACACCUCACCCAUGAUGUCGGACACAGUAGAAAGAUUGAAGAAAAUCAUCGGAAAACCCAGAAAUUAUGGACCAACACCUGAAGAGCUAGCAGAAACGUUGAGGCGGGAAGAAGAAACUAGGCAGAAGUUAGAAGCAGAGUAUAAGCAAGAGAAAGAGAGAAAAGAGGCAGAGGAAGCUGCAGAGAGAAAGAAGAGACAAGAAGAAUGGACACAGAGACUGAAUGAAGUAAAGCGUGAAGAGUAUGAACUUCUCGAGGCCCAGUCAAUACCACUAAGGAACUAUCUCAUGAAACAUGUGAUGCCUACCCUCACACAGGGCCUCAUUGAAUGUUGUAAAACAAGACCAGAUGAUGCCAUUGAUUUCUUAGCUGAAUAUCUGUUCCAACAAAAUCCACAAGUAGACUAGAGAUGGAAUGUCAGCAUUUUCUGGAGAUUAUUGAUAAACUUUGAACUUGAACAUUUUCCAGCAAUCAACUUCACAUGUGUAACAAAAAUGUUUGGUAAAAAAUGAUGCUGAAGUAUUGAACUGUUACAAAUUUGUAUAUGUUUAUAUGUAAACUUUUAUUGUAUAAAAAGUCUGUGAUAUGAAUUGUGCAUUGUUAUAUUUAUUCAUUUACAGUACAAUCGCGAUCCUACGAAAAGCCAAGGGACCAGUCGUUUUUUUUUUCGUAAUAUCGCAUUUUCGUUCAAGUGUAGCCUAGGAAAUUUCGCUAUACAGCACCUUAAUAUCUACACGUCGUAACCUGUGAUAUUUAAACAUGUGAUUUUCGUAUCGGAAUAAAUGUACGACAGUUUUAUAUGUACAUCUAGGUUUACUACAGAUCUUAUUCGAAUCUGAACUAAGAUGGUAUCUGGAAUGUAAAACGGGUUGGUGUUUCUUUUCUUUUGUUUUCUUUCUUCACUUGUUAAUCAGUUUGUUGCACGAAAACAAAAAAUCGCAAUUGCAUAUUCCGAUACCCUCAGCUACCCUUUACUGAAUUGUUUGGAAUAAUAAAACGACAAUAAACAGACGAUCAAGACUUAUAUAUUUUUUUUUCUUAAUGCAGUGAUUGUUUGAGAUGUAUAGAUAUCCAAGCAAGUGUGACUGGUAUGCCAUCCAAUCUAAUAGUUAUAGGAGAAAAAAAUAACCACUAACUUGUGUCAUAGUGUACAGCGUAUGUGUUUCGAAUUUAAUUACUAAGUUUUCACACUUUAAUUACUGUUUACGCCCAGCUAAAUGAUAAUGACACUUUUCACUCUAAAGCGUUUUCACGCCGUUAUGGAAGGUGUGAAAAUUUAGACGAUACAGGUAUUCGUAAAAUCGCAACUUAAACAAGUUAAAAUCAUGCUUUAAGGACAUAACAAUACAUUCGUAGGAGCGCAUUUUUCAUAAAAUUGCAUUGUCGUAAAACCGCGACUUUGUUACAUAGAAAAAAGAAGGAAAGCAGCCGGGACCACAAAACCUUUUCGUAGUAUACCUGUAUUUCGUUAAAUUGCGAUUCGUAGCAUUGCAAAUGCACUGUAGUUCAUUAUCAAGUCUUGGUAUUCCUUGUUUUCACUAAGACUUAAUUAUGUUUUUCUGUAUAACAACAUCGAUUAAUUUACUAGUAAAAUGUGCAUUUUAUAUCUCUUAUUUUGUAUUUAUUGAAAAUAAAGUAAGUGUUCCAGAAUACUGAUGUAUCUGACAGUUGAACAGUUGAUUCAAGCAUUCUGCAAUAAAGAUACAUUGAAUUUCA